CGCAAGGAAAUCCACCGAAUAAGAACCGUGACGUCAUUUCCGUGAUCGUAAACGCCCCGCCCUUGUAUUUUCCGCUCCAUUUUAUUCCCAACAUACAUCGCGGCAGCCACCAAGCUCAAAGCAAGAUGGCGGACAGACCAGUUCCCCUGGUGGAGAAGAGGCUUAUGGAUGUGAAACUCGGUCAGCUGCCAGCCUGGUUUGGUACAAGAGACUUCACCCCUAAUGGCCUCAUCGGUUCUGUUCGCAGAGGCUAUGGAAGAUAUUACAACAAGUACAUUAACGUGAAGAAGGGAGGAUUCGGUGGUGUGGCCAUGAUCCUUGCUGGUUAUGUUGUACUGAGCUACGUUUGGGAAUACGAUCAUAUUAAACAUGACCGCUGGAGGAAGUACCACUGAAGCGUUUUUGGACCCACCUGAGUCUCGGACUGUCCCAACUAGUGCGAUCACCUCGCCUAUCUUUCAAGGCUGUUGUGUAUAAAUAUAUUUGUGACCAAGAAAUAAACUAAAGUAAGAUGAUA